AUGUCACCAGAUCGCGUCGACGCAGAGCCAUUACACACUGGUGCUUGGAAUAACGACUACUCGAGACAGCUGGCCGGAGAUUUCAUUGCCGGAUCGCUAUCUGCGACUCUCAUAGCUCCUAUCAUCACUGUCAUUGAUCGGAGCGUUGUUGAAAGACUUUCCUCAAAUCGAUCGCUCCUGAGUACACUCCGCACACACGCAUUCUGUUCCAUUCUCAAACCGAAAAGAUUCUACCUCUCCAGGCCAUUCUUCAUUGCUUGGUCUCUCUACGCAGCAACUUAUGUCACUGCGAAUGCCACCGAUACGAGCCUCAGCCAUCUUCCCAAACUAUCGGAGAAGUCAACCAUUACAAACAUCGCAGCAACAUUCAGCUUCCUCCCAACAUAUGUUAUCAAUGUAUCCUUGGGGAUCCUGAAGGAUAUAAGGUUUUCCCAGAUCUAUGGCGAUCCAAACGCCGCCCACAAACGACCACCCUCAAUUCCUCGGACAGCAUACAUGGCUUUUCUCCUCCGCGAUAGCAUCACGAUUUCCAGCUCGUUUACCCUGGCCCCUCAGAUGGCCUCGUACAUACCGGAUUGGAUCACAGCCGACCUCCAUACCAAGAGGACUAUCACUCAACUCGUAUUGCCCGCUCUGGUACAAUUUGUGAAUACCCCUCUUCACUUGAUGGCGUUGGAUUUGAUUGCCCGCCCGCAAGUGGCCACUAUUGCCGAGAGAUCGGCCCUCAUACGAAGCGGAUGGAUCCAAUCAUCGUCGGUCAGAGCAGCGAGAAUCUUGCCGGCUUUCGGGAUUGGCUGUGUUGUGAAUGCAGAGCUGAGAGAGUUCUUUCAUGAACGGUGGAUGGUUAGAUAGAGCGAAUACAAAGAUUGUCUGCAUCUGGGGAUAACAACAGACGAGGAUUCUCCUCUGAUCGCUUGAUGAUUGGGAC